AUGCAGGACUCCUGGACUGAUCGCAAAGCUGAGGAGAUCCAAGGCUACGCGGACCGCAACGAGUGGAAGAACUUCUUCUCCUCAGUCAAAGCUGUGUACGGUCCGCGACAAAGGGCAUUGCUCCUUUCCUCAGCGCCGCCGAUAGUACCCUCCUGACUGAGAAGAUACAAAACCUACAGCGAUGGGCCGAGCAUUUCCGAGGCGUCCUCAACCGCCCUUCCGUCAUCUCCGACACUGCCAUCGAGAGUUUGCCGCAAGUGGAGACCAACGUGGACCUCGACCUCCCGCCAUCUCUCCAGGAAACCAUCAGGACCAUGCAGCAGCUCUCCAGCGGGAAAGCACCCGGAUCGGACACAAUCCCUGCCGAGGUCUACAAGCACGGAGGUCCCAAAAUAAUGGAUCACCUGACUGCGCUCUUCCAGGAGAUGUGGCGCCAAGGUGAAGUCCCACAAGAUUUCAAAGACGCAAUAAUCGUGCAUCUCUACAAGCGAAAAGGAAACCGUCAAGUCUGCGACGAUCACCGUGGCAUCUCCCUGCUGAACAUCGCCGGGAAGAUCUUCGCCCGCAUCAUUCUCAACCGCCUCAAUAACCAUCUCGAACAGGGCCUUCUGCCAGAAAGUCAAUCCGGCUUCCGUCGUCAUCGUGGGACCACUGAUAUGAUCUUCGUCGCCCGUCAACUUCAGGAGAAGUGUCAGGAGAUGCGGACCCACCUGUACUCUAGCGUCGUGGACCUGACGAAAGCCUUCGAGACGGUGAAUCGUGAAGGACUGUGGAAGAUCAUGCAGAAAUUCGGCUGUCCGGAUCGAUUCACUCAGAUGGUGCGUCAGCUACACGACGGUAUGAUGGCGCGAGUCACGGACAACGGAGCUGUCUCAGAGGCAUUCGCAGUGACCAACGGCGUGAAGCAGGGAUGCGUGCUGGCACCAACCCUCUUAAGUCUUAUGUUCUCUGCCAUGCUGAUAGACGCCUACCGUGUUGAACGCCCCGGGAUCCGCAUCGCCUACAGGACGGACGGUCACCUCUUGAAUCAACGGCGGAUGCACUUCCAAUCGCGCGUAUCCACAACCACCGUUCAUGAACUCCUCUUCGCCGACGACUGCGCCCGAAACACCACCUCGGAAGAGGAAAUGCAACGGAGCAUGGACCUGUUCUCCACCGCCUGCGAGAACUUCGGUUUGGUCAUUAACACGCAGAAGACGGUGGUCAUGCAUCAACCGCCACCCCACUCAGUCACAGCACCCAACGCGCCGACGCAAAUCAACCUGAACUGA